GUCGUUGAAACCCCCUGAGACUCCAAUUAAUGCUAACUGAGCACAUGCAAAAAGGGGGGAAAAAAGAAGAAGAAGAAGAAAAAGGGAUCACUAACAUAUCAUAAGUACUACACGGAGAUAAAUACCCUAUCCAUCAUGCUCCUCUCACACAAACCAUCACUCGUAAUUACUUAACAUUCCCCUACCUACAAUGGCCAUCCAAAGAAUGGAAGCAGAAGACCAAGAAGCCCUCUUCAGUUCCUCUCCCUGCACCGCUCUCUACUACGUCCAGAGCCCCUCCACUGCCUCCCACGCCAUCCGCCACCCUUCGUCUGAAUCCUCCCUGCUCUCUCCCUUCGAAGCCAACCGCAACCGCGAGGCCUCACGCUGCACAUUGUCACGCUACUCCUCCUCCCGCGGCUCCAACAACUCCCAUGUCAGCGUCCUCAAGAGCGGAAAGCUCAAAAUCGUCAACAAAAUUGGAGAAGACGUGGAGUAUGAUGAUGAGGAGCCUCCAUUAAGAAGAAAUGGGCUCUGGAGGUUCAUUGCUUUGGAUCCUACCUCUUCUUGCUGCUGCCUCAUGUUCCAAAUCCUGUGGAGGUUUCUGCUGAGCGUCGGUUUUGCGCUCCUCUUGUUCUUCCUUAUAACAAAACCUCCGUCGCCCAAGGUUUCGUUUGAGAUUGUAGGGCUGAAACAGUUUAGCCUUAGUGAAGGGCUUGAUAACACUGGAGUUGUUACCAAUAUUUUCUCUAGCAAUUGCUCGAUAGACAUGGUGAUUGAUAAUAAUUCGAAGGUGUUCGGACUGCACAUUCAUCCUCCUAGUUUAGAAAUGGCUUUUGGACGCUUAAAACUCACGCAGUCUAAGGGUUCUGAACUGUACGUAGAGAGUAAGAGCUCGUAUGUAAAAAGACUACAUGUCGGUGUUAAGGAUAGACCAGUGUAUGGUGCUGGACGACGAAUGCAGGAUAUGCUCGAGUCUGGACAGGGGUUACCGUUGAUGGUUCGAGUCAGAUCAAGAUCAAGUUAUCGAGUAGUUUGGAACCUGAUCAAGCUGAGGUAUCUUCAUCAUGAAGAGUGCCUUUUGGUUCUGGGUGGCGGUGAGAAGGAUAGGAAACAAAACAUCCGUAUUCACAAUAGCACCUGCUCCUCAAAUUAUCAGAAAUGAAGCAUAUAGACAUACAUAGAAAAUAUUAUCUUCAUGGUAUUGUGUGCAGAAGCAUUUCUCAAAAUAACUCAACUUUGUUAUUUGUAAGCAUGGAAAUGUUAAUUGAGAUGUAUUGGAGAUUGCGUAUGUAUAUCCCGCUGAACUACUUCUGAGAUUAAUGAAGGACAAAUUUUUAAAAAA